CAGAAAAUGGAUGCCUUGAACCAGAAAAUAGAUGAACUCAAUGUAGAGUGUCGUAAGAUAGAUCUACUCAAGAAAUUUGAAGAGAAGACUGGCGUCAAGUCAAUCCAUGGUGUGCUUGGAGGGGCAUGAAUUAUCACCGGUUUCGUAUUUAUGGGGGUUUUUGCCCAAAUGCUAGCAAAUUUUGCAGGAUGCAUAUACCCUUUGUAUAAAUCAAUCAAGUCUUUGCAGAGUCCUCAGGUUAAUGAUGAUAAGCAGUGGCUGACUUACUGGACAGUAUAUGGACUAUUUAUGAUUUUUGAUGACAUGAGUUGGUUCAUCACAAGCUAUCUCCCUUCUUAUUAUUUGAUAAAAAUGAUCUUCCUGAUCUGGCUAUACGCUCCAACAACCAAUGGAGCAGUUUUACUGUAUAACACAGUUGUGAAGGAUCUUUUUGCCCAAUAUUCUAGAAAAAUUGAUAAAUUCCUAGUCCAACUGUUUGGAGAAUCCAAGCAGCUAGCUGAAGAGAUCAAGGAAAGAUCAACAGAUAGGCGUACUCUGAGCAGGCUGUUGUUCAUUGCAGAUAAAAUUGAUGAUACUAUCAGACCAAGGAGCACCUCAGCGCGUGAUGAAAGCAUUGCGGGUGAAGGUUCUCAUUCAGAGCCUGCUGUUGGCUCUUUGAGCAAGGAAGACCCCAAAGUUGUCCCUAAUAAGAAAGAAGAUUAGUAAUGCUGCUAUACUCAAGUCAUGGUUUGUAAUUAGCAGUCUAAAUAACUCCAUAUUUUUGGCAUAUCAGUAAUUU